GUGCAAAACAGAGAUCUAACUUUUACAGUUUCUCUCUUGUGAACUUAAAACUGGAGAAAAUGUCUUCAUCUUGCUUCAUAAUAACUGCUCUCUUCUUGGUGUCAAUGUUCAUGAAAUCCAACAGUCAGUUGGAUCCUAGGUUUUAUGAUAGUACGUGCCCUAAUGUGUUUAACAUUGUCCAACAAGUCAUUAGCCAAGCAUUGCAGACCGAUCCUCGAAUCGGGGCCAGCCUCAUUCGACUUCAUUUUCACGAUUGCUUUGUUAAUGGCUGCGAUGGUUCCAUUCUGCUGGACAACACGGAUACCAUACAAAGCGAGAAAGAAGCACUCCCCAACAAUAACUCAGCCAGGGGCUACGACGUCGUCGACAGCAUCAAGUCUUCUUUGGAAAACGCUUGUCCAGGUGUUGUCUCCUGCGCAGAUAUUCUCGCCCUUGCAGCUGAAAUUUCUGUUAAACUGGCAGGAGGACCCUCAUGGUGUGUUCCACUUGGAAGAAAUGACAGUAGAACGGCAAACCGAACUGGAGCCAACAACAAUCUUCCAGGCCCCUCUGAAAACCUAACCACUCUUAAGUCCAAAUUCUCAGCUUUCAACCUUAGCACCACUGAUCUGGUCGCCUUAUCCGGUGCCCACACAUUCGGACGGUCUCAAUGCAGAAAUUUCAUCGAUCGUCUAUACAAUUUUAGUGGUACGGGGAUUCCAGACCCGACGCUGAACCAAUCUUACUUGGAAACUCUCCGGCAGAUAUGCCCUCAGAACGGCAACCAGAGUGUACUGACCAAUCUCGACCCAACCACUCCUGAUGUGUUCGAUAGAAACUAUUUCUCAAACCUUCAAGUCAACCGAGGCCUACUCCAAAGUGAUCAAGAGUUGUUUUCGUCCAAUGACACAGAAAUAAUCGACCUGGUUAACAAGUUCAGCAGUAACCAAACCGCUUUCUUUGAGAUCUUCAUACAGUCCAUGAUAAAAAUGGGUAAUAUCCCGGCGACAGGCAGCGAUCUAGAGAUCAGACUUGACUGUAAGAAGGUUAACAGAGACUCGUCGUCUGAAUCAAACUACGUUCUGGUUAGCUCCAGUUAAAUGGAUCGGAACUUGUUCAGUCGAAAUGCUUUUCAGUGUUGUAAUAAUAAUUUCAAAAAUAAGAGGUAAGUUUCUUGGGAAGGAUUAUUGCCCAAGAAAGAACUGGUUGUAUCUGUUUAUUUGGUCAGAGGAUUGGAGUUGGAAGAAAUUCUGUUCAACUUAUAAGAGAAGGGAAAUCAUAUUUACAUACAA